AGGUUUGGCUCCGAGAUAGGUUCUUGCAUUCAUCUUGUCCAGGGCUCCAGGAGCGUGCCUGUCCCCGACAGCCAGCCAUGGCGGAGACGAUCCCUGGGUACAAGACCACCAAACAGAUCCUCACCAAGGGCAGCGGAAACAAGGCGGUGAGCAAAGGUGCCACAGUCACGGUCCAUGCAACGGGUGUUAUUAAAGAGACCCGGAAGAAGUUUUGGAGCACCAAGGAUCCUGGCCAGAAGCCCUUCACGUACCAGGCCGGAAUGGGCAAGGUCAUCACUGGCUGGGACCAGGGCUGCUUGGGCAUGACCGUCGGAGAGGAGCGCAUGCUCGUGAUCCCGGCGGACGAGGGCUACGGCGCGGGGGGCUUCCCGGCCUGGGGCAUCCCGCCGGGUGGCACGCUGGAGUUCACGCUCGAGUGCUUGGAGAUCCGGUGAUGGGCCCGCCUCGCACUGCGUUGUGGGACUGUGCGCUGGAAGAGCGCCAACCGUACGCGUACUUCCUUCUCUCUGGGCGCGAGGCGGACCGAGGCCGCGGUGAAUCGGAGGAGGCGGGGGAUGAGCUGAUCAAGAUGCGGUGAUCCACAAGAGCGGGGUCAGGCCAACAGCGCGGGGCUGCCAGCAUUUCAAGCAGGAUGGCCGUUGCCCAGGGCGGCUUUCUGUAUCUUGUGUUUCGGUGCUAGGUCCAAUGCCAAUACAUCUAUUACGCCACGACGGCUAGGUGAAAAGGGCGGCCGUUGCUCGAGAACCGAAAACGG